AUAUUUUAUGUAUUUCUUGUCUUAUAUCACAUUUUAUUUGUCUGACAGAUUUUUGUUACAGAUGUGAAUGAUGGUCCGUCUACAAUGUCUGUUGCAGCUGUGCCACCUUCCAUUGCUAGCUGUAGGAAUUCUUCUACCUCCAAGGAACCUCAAAAUCACUUCAAGAAAUUUUAAGCACAUCCUAACAUGGGAGGAAGCGAACGCGGAAUCUGACAUCUUCUACAAUGUGGAAUAUGAGAUAAACUACAGUAGAUCAUUUACCCCCGCUGAAAAUUGUUCCAAUAUUGCAACCCACCGUUGUGACCUCACCAAGGCGUUCAGUGGAAUCUGGAAGCAUUACAGGGCACGGGUGCAGAGCUUCACAUCUACAAAGAGGUCAGACCCAUCAACCCCAACACCCAACUUCAAACCUUUAACUGACACUGUGGUGGGUCCUCCAAUCGUGGAUGUUGUGGCAGCAGGCAGCGGUAUUAAUGUCUCUAUUAGUCUGCCCGUCUCUUAUUUAUGGAACCAAAAAAGCUUUGACUCCAUCCUGACAGCCUAUCCAGCCAUAGAUUAUAGAAUCAAUCUAGAGUCCUCCACAAAUGAGUCUUUUGAUGAAACAGCCGUCUCUGUGGAAAGUUUGACUAUAUCUUACCCAUCGCUAUAUCCCAGUACCACCUAUUGUGUGACGGUGUCCAUGAAUUCAGAGAACAUUGGUCAAUCCGUCCCAUCUCCAAAGAAAUGUGUCAUUACAAAAGGAUCUCAGGUGGAAGGUGACAAUAAAGUGCAUUGGAUUGCUGCUGGAGUAAUUAUUUUCAUUGUAUUGCUGCUGCUUCUAAUCAUCCUGGAUCAAACAGGAUAUAUCGGCAAGAAAAAGACUUUCACCCCAAAGGUUUUGGCAUCUCUUCCAGACUCAAGGAACCUUUUUCAUAGACCUGAGCAGUUCUCUCCUCUGUGCCUCUCGAUAUAUACGGAGGCUCUACAAAGCCUUGAGAAUGAGCACAUCUAUGAGAAUCCUGCAAGCAUAACGGGCAGUGCUCCAUACCUUGCAAAUAAUCUGAACACCGAGAAUGAGGACCAACAAGAAGUCCUAAGUCAAGACAACAGUUUGUCCAGCGAUGGAGCCCCAACCAGAGAACCUUCAGGAGGUGACCCCCAGGACCUUACAGAAAUGAAGCUAUUAGAAGGCUCAGGGGUUCAGGUCAUGAUGUCCAUGGGGGACCCUGCAGUCAUCCCAUUGAGCAGCAUGGAAGCCUCAUCUGAAGAUGCCUUUGGUAGCUCCAGGAACCUCCUUUCAAACUUAGCAAAUGGUUUUGAUGACUCUUUGAACCUCUUACUUAUACAGAACCACUUAAGCAUUGAUUUCAAUUCUGUAUCUCUCGGAGACUCUGCUGAUCUAUGGACAGGUGUCCCAAUGGUUGCCUCUCCAAAGAACGUCUCCAAUGUAUUGGCCAGCUAUCCCAAUGGAGAUGUAGGAAACAUAAGCCAGUUCACACUGCUCUGUAGUGUACGUGAUACAGACACCCCAUCUAUGGACGAUCUUCACUGUGAAAACGAAGACGAUGAGGAGAUAGGCAAUGACUUGAACUGUGCCUCUGAUUACAUUACGAGAUGAACUUUAUAUGGUGUCACUUAUGUGAUGGAUGUUCCAUUCUUACCUGCAGCUUUAAACCGAGGCAGCUCUAGGUCUCAGGACUUCUUAAAAUUGACAUUGUUCUGGUAUUGCUACAGACUGUCGGUCCGCCACCUUAUGUUGUGUUCUUCAACAUGUAAUUUGGCCUCUGUUCAGUUGUGAGCUAUUCACUAAAAGCGGGGCCGCCAUCAGGGGGGUACAGGCAGUACACCUGUAAGGGCCCCCGAUGGCAACCCCCUUCUUUUUAUGUAAUGGGCCCGGAGGUCUUCAGGGCCCUGGAUGGCAACCCCCUUUUUUUUAUGUAAUGGGCCCGGAGGUCUUCAGGGCCCCGGAUGGCAA